AGAGCGGGGCGGGCCGGGCCGGGGCAGAGCGCGGCCCGCAGCGAGGCGGACAUGGCGUCGCAGCCGCCGCCUCCCAAGCCCUGGGAGAACCGGCGGCUGGCGGGUACCGUGGCGCCGGCUUUCCAGUCUGCUGACUUGGGUGACAACCUGCUGACCAGGCCUGGACAACCCACAGUUGCACGAAUACCUCCACCUAUUUUGCCAAGACCAUCACAGCGAACAGGAAGCAGUAGUCUGAGCACUUUCAGGCCAGCAUAUAGUAGUUCUUUUUCUCCAGGCUAUGGUUCAUAUGGAACUUCUUUUUAUGGAAGCUAUAGUCCUUACAGUUACGGAUAUGGUGGUUUGGGUUAUAACCGCUUUCGUGCAGAUGAUAUUCCUCCCAGCAGGUUUGUUCAGCAGGCUGAAGAGAGCAGCAGAGGUGCAUUUCAGUCCAUUGAAAGUAUUGUGCAUGCAUUUGCCUCAGUCAGCAUGAUGAUGGAUGCUACCUUUUCAGCUGUCUACAACAGUUUCAGAGCUGUGUUGGAUGUAGCCAAUCACUUCUCCCGCCUCAGAGUACACUUCACCAAGGUGUUCUCAGCUUUUGCUUUAGUGAGAACUAUAAGGUAUCUCUACCAACGUCUACAGCGAUUACUAGGUCUGCGGAAGAGCUCUGAGAAUGAGGAUUUGUGGGCUGAAAGUGAGGGGACAGUAGCUCGUGUUGGCCUUGAAGAUAAGGCGACUAACUCUGCAAAAUCCUGGCCUAUUUUCUUAUUCUUUGCUGUUAUAAUGGGAGGUCCCUAUCUGAUCUGGAAACUGCUUUCUACAUACAGUGAUGAAGAAACAGCAGUAUCUAGUAACUGGGCAAGCGGAGAAGAUGAUCAUGUAGUUGGAAGAGCAGAAUAUGAUUUCAGUGCGCUCUCUGAAGAAGAAAUUUCUUUCCGUGCUGGUGAUGUGCUAAAAUUAGCACCCAAAGAACAACAACCCAAAAUCCGUGGUUGGCUUUUGGCUAGUUACGAUGGCCAAACAACAGGACUUGUGCCGGCUAAUUACAUCAAAAUCCUGGGGAAAAGAAGAGGUAGGAAAACGGUGGACCUGGAAAGGAUUACAGAACAACGGCCAGCAUUUACCAGCAGAGCUGUUACAGGAUCCACUGCUACUGUGACUUCAGAGGAGCAGGAAGCUGCUUUUGAUUCUGUUUUUGCUGGAAGUAAGAAAGAUCCUGUUGCGUCUGACUCCACUAUGGUUAGUGGAGAGAAACAGGAACUCUAGUGCACUUUCAUCAACAAAGCAACUGAACUGUGCUUUAUUGAUAAAACUUAGGGUUUGUUGAAAAUCUGUAUUGUAGUGGAACACUGAUGGGUCUGUACCAGUUACUGCCGCUACUGACUGGUGAAGGGAUGGAGAAAUGAUUGCUCAAAUUUUUAGUAUUUAUUUUUGAUUCACCUAAGGCUGUACAUUAGUGAUUCUACCCAACCACCUGGCAGUAACUCAUAAGAUCUUGAGAUGCGGAGAUUUGAGGCAUUUAUAACAAAGCAAACAAAACAACAGAGGCAGCUAGCCUAUUCCUUUUAAGGAGACAAACUGCUGGUGAAUUCUAGAGUUUAUCAUCCAGUCUUCAUUGGGUUGUCGGCUUGACUAGAGGCCUUCUCAAUACAUGUGCAAAGGGAAGAUAGACUUCUGUCCUAUGUCCUCCAAAACUGGAUGCCGAGGACCAUAAAAUAGUAAUAGUGCAUUGUUUCCCACACGAAGGAGGGAGAAUUGCAAGAGAUUUAGGUGACACAACUGAAAUGUUAGAAGUUCUAAGUUAACUUGCUUUUUGCAAGAAGUAGGGCUUCUGUCAUAAAGACCUUAAACCUUAUAAAAAAGGGACUUAUGAGAAAGGGAGGAGAAACACAGUUUACAAAGGAAGGGCAGUGAAGCUUCAGCAGUAGUUCUAACGAGUUCGUUUUUGUUUAUUAAAAAAACAUCAGAAUAAAGGGUAUCCUGCAGUCAGGCACUUGCCAGCGCACUUACUGUUAUUCCCUUCUGUGGUAAACUAACUUUGCAUCACUCCUAGCCUUUUUGUGUUGUAGCCUGGUAACUGCCUAUCAAUAGUCUAUCGACUGCCAUCUGCAUCUCAACUUACUUCUGUUCUUCAUUGUUUUUAUGGGAGUAUCAGAGUAUCUAUCCUGCCUUUUAGUGCAGUAGGAAAGCAUUAGAUUGAGGGAAGUUUAACAUAAUUGGAGCAGCAAAGAAAAAGUACCAUUUCUUGCUUAAUUGCCCCAGUUAGCCAAGGUCUUGGAGUUAAUGCUUUAUGCUGCCAUUCAGGUGGUAAAUUUUGCAUCUGCCCAUAAAAUUUGAGGGCUGUGGUUUAUCAAGAGCCAUAAAAACACUAUGACUGUUCAAAGUAUUUAGUAUUUUCUUCGUAUUGAUGUUUGAGAAUUCCAUCUUGUAAUACUGUUUUUGUUGGGGUUUUUUAAAUGAAGAAAGAUAAUUAAAACUGUUUUCCGUGUAGUAUAUAUGUAUAAUAUGUUGAGCUUCUGAAGGUUAAAGCAAUGGAUAAAAUAACUAAAGCUUGUCUUAAUCAUUAAAAUAGCAUUUCCCUUUUAUUUUAAAGGUACUCAAAAGUAUUAGUAAAAGUAGGGUGUGUGCCUUUGCUUUAUGGACCCACUAGUUUCAGUUUGAAUGUUUCUACAGAGAUCUUCAACACCCAUUAUAUGUUACCAAAGCUUUCAGUAUUUAUACUUUAAUUGCAUUUGCUGGCUUGAGUUCUUCUAAUUCUGUUCACCACAACAAAACUCUUGACAAGAAAGAUGAAGUGAAUAGAGUUUUAUUGAGGUAGAGUGGCUGAAAAGAUGGAGGUUAUGCUGGAACCUUGGAUUUUAAAGUAAUCUCGGAUUGCCCUUUGUUGAUAAUUGAACAAGAAUUUUAAGUGGUUGUGCUCAGGUAUUGGGAGAUGGCAAAGAAUCAUUUUUAUUAGAUUGUUAGAUCUUCAGGUGCAGAGGAAAAGGAGAGUAGUUAAAGGGCAAAUGAGAAACUUGAAACUAGGUUUAAAACGGAACAUGUUCCUGAGACAUUUCCCUGUGUACCAGGGCAUUAAAGAAAAUUAUCUAUAUUUGGAAAUGACAUCUGUUGUUGAAAUAAAAAUAGCAAACAAUCCUGAAAUAUAAAAUAUACAGAGGAAAGAAGGGGGGCGGGUAUCAAGUGUACAGUUCUGCUUAUGGUGUGUAUUCCUGAAGGGAAUUAAUUUACUAUUGUGAGAUUUAAUUAAUGGGCUGUCAGCCUCUUCUGUAUCAGUGAAAGAUUUCCUCCUUCAGAGGGAGGAUCUUUUAAAUAAAUGAAUAAAUAAACUCAACCUUCUGUAGACAUCUGUGUUCCUGCUCAGAACAAGUUGGGAAGACAGUACCAUGCUGAUUGUUGAAAUCUUUAAACCUUACUAAUUUUUAGAAAGAUGAAUUUAAUUUCACUUUUCAGGUCAUACUGUUUUGGAAAAAAAUUCUUUUAGUGGCAAGUUAUUAAUAACUGACUUGGUUUUGUAGUAGUUUGACUUAGUCUACCAAUUGCUGUCAUAACUGUAUCUGCUAAAUCUUGACAAGAAUUUUGAUCCUUUCAAUCUUGUGAUUACUUUAAUGAGGAAAGAAGGCUCUGAGGAAAUUAAGCAAGUUAUUUAACUCACAAUUAAUUGUACUGAUUGCAGAAGGAUAUUAAAAUGCAUUGAAGUAAAAUACA